CACACACAGGCAGACGCCGUUCCGCGGGGGAAAGGUGCGGACGCCUGAAUCCUCUCCAACUCCGGCACCGCAUUCGCACGCCCGCGAAGCCCCGAAUCGGAGAGGACAGAGGAGUCAUGGACGCGGCGGCGGCGGCGGCUGCGGCUGCGAGCCCCACGAGCAAGAGGAUCGCGCUGGUGACGGGAGGGAACAAGGGCAUCGGGCUCGAGACGUGCCGGCAGCUGGCGUCCAGGGGCGUCAGGGUCGUCCUGACGGCGAGGAACGAGGCGAGGGGUUUGGAAGCGGUCGAGCGCGUCAGGUGCGCCCGCGGCGACGCCGAGGUUUACUUCCACCAGCUCGACGUCACCGACCCCUGCAGCGCCGCCCGGCUCGCGGAUUUCGUCAGGGAUCAGUUCGGUAGGCUGGACAUCCUGAUCAACAAUGCAGGAAUUUCAGGCGUUCACCGUGAUCCAGUUUUGUCUGCUGCGGUCAAGGAUAAGGUCGAUGGCAUGGAUGUAAAUCAGAGAGUCGAAUGGAUGAAAGAAAAUUCGAAAGAAACAUACGAGGAGGCUGUACAAUGUAUGAAAACAAACUAUUAUGGUGCCAAACUUGUCACAGAGGCACUACUUCCUCUUCUUCAGUUAUCCUCCUCUGGAAGAAUUGUCAACGUUUCGUCAGGCUUUGGACUACUGAGAAAUUUCAACAGCGAAGACCUUAGGAAGGAGUUUGAAGACAUCGACAAUCUUACUGAAAGUAGACUGGAGGAACUGAUGGAUAAGUUUCUAGAGGAUUUUAAGGCCAACUUAGUAGAGGCGCAUGGGUGGCCGACAGGUGGAUCUUCAGCCUACAAAGUCGUCAAAGCGGCGCUCAAUGCGUACACGAGGAUUCUUGCCAAGAAGUAUCCUACGCUGCGUAUCAAUUGUUUGACGCCUGGUUAUGUCAAGACCGACAUGUCUAUGCACAUGGGGGUACUGACACUUGAGGAAGGCGCUCGCAACCCCGUGAAGGUUGCUCUCUUGCCUGACGACGGACCGACUGGUGCUUAUUUUGAUCUGAAUGGCGAGGCGUCCUUUGUGUGAUGGUAUUUCUCCCUUUUCAGCUUCAGAAUAAAAGAAAGAGCUAUGAAGUAGUUAGUGCCAAUCAGUAUUGUAGUUCGACUUGAAUACUUAAACUAGCACGUUGAGCAAACCGUAGAGCUCAACACCAGGGAUUUCCUCGUCUUCUGUAUAAUAUCUCUGGUGAUGAUUGUAUAUUUGCAAUGAACCAUGCAGAUUUGGUCGCGCCAAGGUAGUGUUUGGUUGGCACAAUGGUAAUGGCAACAGGAAUGAAAAUGGACUGCGAGGGGAACGAUGGUGGGGUUCGUUU